CGCUGUUAUCGCCGUCACGUCAGCAGCAGCAGCAGCAGAGCCGCUGCGCCGUGGUCGCCAGCAGGAGUACAACUAACAACACAGCCCCAACUUCGCCCCGCACCACUCCGCCAACACUGACGCCUAGAGUUGCGCUUCGGGGUUACUUUCAGGAACACGAUAAGAUGGAGAUGCUCUAACAGCAAAGAUUGUCUCACCGGGACCAUCUUGGAUCCAGGGUGCUCCCAAAGAUUCCCAUCACCCUCGGAUUUCAGUCAUGGACUUCUUUGACGAUCCCAACCUCUUUGUUGGGGGUUUGGAAGGGCUGGAUGAAGAUGGUUUCCAUUCAGCACCUUCGCUCGUGGAUGAGCUCAACCUUAGUGCUGGUUUCGAACCCCUCCAAGUGGAGGCACUUGGUCCAGGGAAGCAUCAAGAAUUGAUGACACCAGUCUCUUCGCAACAAGCUGUACCCAGUUACAACCAGUCCAUGGUUCAUUAUACUAGCAUCAAGGCACAGAAUCCCCUUGGUCAGGUAUUUUCUAGUUCCCAGAAUACAGGUUGCGACAUUGGUACUCAGCAACAUGGCCAGUACCAUAAUGCCACCAUUAGCCAAGUAGCUCAACCCAAUGGGCUGUUUUGCAGCUCUGGGAGCCCAAUGUGGGGCAACCAAGACCAAAAUGGGAAUGUGUUUCACCACAUGUCUCAGCAUCAACAACUUUGUCAUCAGCCACUGCACAACCAGCAACUUCACAGCAGACAACAUACUCAACAGCAGCACCAUUCUGGUCAUCAACGGGUGGAGCAGCAGCAGAGAAUGCAACCUCUACAGCAGCACAGUCAUCAGCAGCAGCUGCUUAACCAGCACCAACAAAUUACCACAGCGAGUUCUUGCCUGCAGCAACAGCAGCAUCACUCUUUCUCUUUCCACCAGGGAGGUCAGGCUAGCAGCCAGCAGCAGAUGCACCAUUCUCAGCAUCAAGCACCUGCAAGAGAAUCCCAGUUCCAUUCCAGGACUCUUCCAGAUAAGCCUUAUUUGGAUUGUCAGAACACUUCUCUGAGCGCGACUUGCUUGCAACCGCGUCAACAGCAGGGGAACUACCAGUUGGUCAGGGGAGGUCCAGCCUUCUCUGGAACAGACUCCCGCCUGUCAUUCCCCAUACAUCCAUCGUCUGCAGUUCACUCCAUGCCCACAUGCUCUGUCAGUUCAGCUCAUGCUUACCAAGCGGCUGAGUUCCCUGCCUAUCCUGGAGAGCCAGAAAUACCCAGUCUCAGUCAGCAGUCUCCAUGUAGGCCCAUCACUACUGCACCAAUUACUACUACAGUGCCUAGGCUGCCUGGAACUGCAUGCCAGUUCCAGUCCACAGCACAUGUGAGUCAGCUGCAGUCCGGAACAGCAGUGAACCAAGCAGACGAGUGUCCCUUCAGAGCCUUACGCUGUUCUGGAGAAACCCAGACCGUCUGCAAGUCAGAGAUGUUUGAAGAGUCAGUGAGUUGCUAUCAAGGCAUGAUGAACCACCUGCCCUCUGAGCAGCACAUGAGCUGCGGGGUUAUUAACACUAAUGGGUACCAAGCUUUUGGAGACAAUAUCCUGCCAUCAGAAGCCCAGGAUGGGGACUUGGAAGACCUGGAUCCUCCUGACCUCCUGCCUGACCUGCUGCCUCAGCUGGAGGACGCUUUCAGGCAGCAGGAUGAAUCCAGCUGUUCUUGGCUGGAGUCAGGUCAGCAGAACGGACAUGAGAACGGGAAACCACCAGCUACUGAAUGCAAGGAUGAGAAGCCUCGAAAAAACCCCAAUGGUUCCAGUUGUCAGGUGCGGGUCCUCAGCCCCACAGUGAAGAGCAGCCCUUCAUCCUCCUCCUCCUCUUCGUCGUCUUCUUCCUCAUCUUCAUCCUCCUCCAGCUCCUCGUCGGAGAAGAGGGUGCCAAGGAGGAAGCACCAUCAGAUGGAGUCAACUGUGCAUGAGAAGCAGGAGAAGGCCAAUAGGAUAAUAUCAGAGGCGAUAGCCAAGGCGCGACAAAGAGGGGAGAAGAACAUCCCACGGGUCAUGAGCCCGGAGAGCUUCCCCAGCUCCUCUGCUCAGUUCAAGACUCACCGUGAGCGCGAGCACAAAGGAAAUGGCAAAGCCCGGACCAAAGAGAAGGCCUCCAGGAAGGCCUGCAUCGUACCUUCAUCAAAGCCCAAGCAAAAGACCAAGAUUGGGAAAAUAGUGAUCAAGAUUGGAAAAAGGAAAAAGCGAAAGCCAGAGUCUUCAGAGGAGGAGUCGGAUGAUGAUCCCCCCCUUCGUUACGCUUCUAAGGAUGACGACUCUAAGAGGCGGUCGAAUCGCCAGGUGAAGAGGAAGAAAUAUGCUGAGGAGCUGGAAGCCAGGUUGUCAGAUGAGGAUGUCAAAGUCAUAGUGAAGGCCAAGAAAACCAACACUGCUGCAUCCAAGGAGCCUGCUGUUCAGCUCUUUGUGGAGAAUCCAACAGAGGAGGAUGCUGCUGUUGUCGACAAAAUCAUGUCUUCUCGUAUCAUCAAGAAGGAGGUCUCUCCAGGUGUGAUGGUAGAAGUGGAGGAGUUUUUUGUAAAAUACAAAAACUACUCCUACCUUCACUGUGAAUGGGCCACAGAGCAGCAGCUAGAAAAGGACAAGAGGAUUCAGCAGAAGAUCAAACGCUUCAAGAUGAAACAAGCACAGAGGGCGCUCUUCUUCACUGAUAUGGAUGAGGAACCUUUCAACCCCGACUAUGUUGAAGUCGACAGAGUGCUGGAGGUAUCGUACUGCGAGGACAAAGACACAGGCGAGGAAGUGGUGUACUACCUGGUGAAGUGGUGUUCUCUGCCUUAUGAGGAUAGCACGUGGGAGCUGAAGGACGACGUUGAUCAAAGCAAGAUUGAAGAGUUUGAGCGGCUGCAGGCAGCCAAGCCAGACUCACGCAGAGUGGAGCGACCUCCAGCCAACCUCUGGAAGAAGAGGGAGCAAUCGAGGGAAUACAGGAAUAGCAACACUCUCAGGGAUUACCAGCUGGAGGGGGUCAACUGGCUUCUUUUCAACUGGUACAACAGGCGGAACUGCAUCUUGGCUGACGAGAUGGGCCUAGGAAAGACCAUCCAGUCCAUAACAUUCCUGGAAGAGAUUCACCGUAUUGGCAUCAAAGGGCCCUUCCUCAUCAUCGCCCCCCUCUCUACUAUUGCAAACUGGGAGAGAGAAUUUCACACCUGGACUCACCUCAACGUCAUCGUUUACCACGGAAGCAUGAUUAGCAGGCAGAUGCUGCAGCAGUAUGAGAUGUAUUUCAGGGAUGCACAGGGUCGCCCCAUUCGAGGUGCCUACAAGUUCCAGGCUGUUAUCACCACGUUUGAGAUGAUCCUGGGAGGCUGCCCCGAGCUCAAUGCCAUCGAGUGGCGAUGUGUGAUCAUCGACGAGGCCCAUCGUCUGAAGAACAAGAACUGCAAGCUACUUGAAGGCUUCAAACUCAUGAACCUGGAGCACAAGGUCCUACUGACUGGAACUCCUCUGCAAAACACAGUGGAGGAGCUUUUUAGUCUGCUGCACUUCCUGGAGCCAGGGCGCUUCCCUUCUGAGAACAACUUCAUGCAGGAGUUUGGUGACCUCAAGACAGAGGAGCAGGUGCAGAAGCUUCAGGGCAUCCUGAAGCCCAUGAUGCUGCGUCGUUUGAAAGAAGACGUGGAGAAGAAGCUGGCCCCUAAAGAGGAAACCAUCAUUGAGGUGGAGCUCACCAACAUCCAGAAGAAAUACUAUCGCGCCAUCCUCGAGAAGAACUUCUCUUUCCUGGCCAAAGGGGCGGGCCAGUCGAACAUGCCCAACCUGGUCAAUACCAUGAUGGAAUUAAGAAAGUGUUGUAACCACCCCUACCUCAUCAAAGGGGCUGAAGAGAAGAUCCUAGAAGAUUUCAGGGAAGUGCACAGUCCCACUGCCGCUGACUUUCACCUUCAGGCCAUGGUUCAGUCUGCUGGAAAGUUGGUUCUUAUUGAUAAGCUGCUGCCCAAGAUGAAGGCAGGAGGCCACAAGGUGCUCAUCUUCUCCCAGAUGGUGCGCUGUCUGGAUAUCUUGGAAGACUACCUCAUUCAGAAAAGGUACUUGUAUGAGCGCAUUGAUGGCCGCGUUCGUGGAAACCUGCGUCAGGCUGCCAUAGAUCGCUUCAGUAAGCCCGACUCGGACCGCUUCGUUUUCCUGCUGUGUACAAGAGCCGGUGGCCUGGGCAUCAACCUGACUGCAGCAGAUACCUGCAUCAUCUUUGACUCUGACUGGAACCCUCAGAACGACCUGCAGGCUCAGGCUCGCUGUCAUCGAAUCGGUCAGAACAAGGCGGUGAAGGUGUAUCGUCUCAUCACCAGGAACUCGUAUGAGCGAGAAAUGUUUGACCGGGCCAGCCUCAAGCUGGGCCUGGACAAAGCCGUGCUGCAGAGCAUGAGUGGCCGUGAUAACAGCCUUGGAGGAGGCACAGGAGGAGGGGCUGCUCAGCAGCAGUUGUCCAAGAAAGAAAUCGAGGAUCUUUUGCGACGUGGUGCUUACGGAGCCAUCAUGGAUGAGGAAGAUGAAGGGGCCAAAUUCUGUGAGGAGGACAUUGAUCAGAUCCUCCAACGCAGGACAAAGACCAUCACCAUCGAGUCUGAGGGACGAGGAUCCACUUUUGCUAAGGCAAGUUUUGUGGCAUCAGGGAACCGCACCGACAUCUCUCUGGAUGAUCCUAAUUUCUGGGACAAGUGGGCCAAAAAAGCUGACAUCGAUAUGGAUAUGGUCAACGGCAGAAACAGCUUGGUGAUCGACACUCCACGUGUGAGAAAGCAGACCAGACCGUUCAGCGCCACCAAAGAUGAGCUGGCAGAGCUGUCGGAGGGGGAGAGUGACAGCGAUGAGACCAAGCCUAAGCUCAGAAGAAACGACCGUCCCAACAGUUACGGCCGCACAGAGUGCUUCAGGGUGGAAAAGAACUUGCUUGUUUAUGGAUGGGGUCGUUGGAAAGAUAUCCUUAACCACGGUCGUUUCAAGAAGCAGUUGACCGAGCGGGAUGUGGAGUCCAUCUGCAGAGCCCUGCUCGCCUACUGCCUGGUCCAUUACCGUGGCGAUGACAAAAUAAAGAGCUUCAUGUGGGACCUGAUAGCUCCCACUGAAGACGGGCGCACCAAGGAGCUGCAGAAUCACCUCGGCCUGUCAGUCCCAGUACCUCGGGGCAGAAAGGGCAAGAAGAUGAAGACCCAGACUAGUUCUUUUGAUAUCCACAAAGCUGAGUGGCUCCGGAAGCACAACCCUGAGCACAUGCUGCAGGACGACGGCUAUAAGAAGCAUCUGAAACACCACUGCAACAAGGUGCUGCUCCGGGUCAGAAUGCUCUACUACCUGAAACAAGAGGUGAUCGGAAGUCAGGCCCAGAAGGUGCUGGACGGCGGCGACUCCAGUGAGGUUAAGAUCUGGGUGCCGGACCCGGACCACUCGGAGCUCCCAGCCCUUUGGUGGGAUGCAGUCGCCGAUAAAUGUCUUCUACUUGGAGUCUUCAAGCAUGGAUAUGAGAAGUACAACACAAUUCGAGCAGACCCAACUCUGUGCUUCUUAGACCGCGUUGGUCGGCCGGAUGAGAAGGCCAUCGCUGCUGAGCAGAGGAGCAAUGACUUCAUGGAUGGGGAUGUGGAUGAUCCAGAGUAUAAACCUGCUCCAGCCCUUCUGAAAGAUGAGAUGGAGGAUGACGCCUCCUCCCCUGGAGAUUUGGUGGUCUCUGAUAAUGCUGGAGAUGCACCUCUGUUGACGGAAGGCCAGACUGCUUACUGGCCCUCCCCCUCAGUGCUCACAGCCAGACUGAGGCGACUGAUCACAGCCUCCCAGCGCUACACAAAGAGUCGGCAGAUCCUCCACAUCCAUCAGACUCAGUCCCACCCUCAGACCCAGCAGGCCAUGAUGCUCUCUGCCCCCGUCUGCCCACUGGCCCCCACACUUAAAGACACGCUUAACCCUAAAAUGGCUGCAAAGAUUGAACGCCAGCAGAGAUGGACCAGGAGAGAAGAAGCUGAUUUCUAUCGGGUGGUCUCCACCUUUGGCGUCGUUUUUGACCCAAACCUCGGGCAGUUUGACUGGACCAAGUUUAGGGCCAUGGCUCGGUUGCACAAGAAAACAGACGAGAGCCUUCAGAAAUACCUCUGCGCCUUCACCGCCAUGUGCAGGAGGGUGUGCCGCCUGCCACCCAAAGAUGGAGAUUUGGCAGUGGAUCCUUCCCUGACCAUCCAGCCAAUCACAGAGGAGCGAGCAUCCCGUACCCUGUACAGAGUAGAGCUGCUUCGACAGGUCAGGGAACAAGUCCUCAGACACCCGUUACUGUAUGAACGCCUGUCCCUGUGCCAGAUGAGCUCUGAUCUUCCUGUGUGGUGGGAGGCUGGGACUCACGACCGUGACCUGCUGAUUGGUGCUGCAAAGCACGGCGUCAGUCGGACGGAUUAUCACAUUCUUAGAGACCCCGAUCUCUGCUUCAUGGCAGCCCAACGCAACUACAGCCAGGUGAAGGCUGCCCAGCAGCAGCAGCGCACAGCGACCCCGCUGCUGCAUACCCAGUAUCAGGCUCCCAGCUCCUUACCGCCAGGUUCCCCACUGCCUCCACCUCAACACAGAGACCCUGACCCCUGCGGACUUGUUCCAAAAGUGGAACCAGCCUCGGAGGAGGAGGUAAAAGAAAGGCAGGGGGAGGGAUGGAGCCCCCCUCAGCUGCCAGCGACUCCCACUGGCCUGGAGGAAAAGCCGAUUUUAGGGGCGAAGGACAGCGAGAGGCAAAUGGUGGCGGCGCGAACCAAACCGCUAACGCCCAACUCCACAGAAAAGAAACCCAAGAAGGCGAGCAAGAGGGGCCGCAGGGAGGCCCGGCGAGGCUCCGAGUCCGACUCGGAUCGCUCCUCCUCCAGCUCUUCCUCACGCUCAUCUUCAUCGUCUUCAUCCUCCUCUUCCUCCUCCUCGCACUCUGGCUCAAGCUCUUCCUCCUCCUCAUCGUCUUGCUCCUCCGGCUCUUCUUCGUCAUCGUCGUCCUCUUCCUCUUCUGAUGACAGUGAAAGCGAGGGAGAGGAAGCCAAGAAGAAAGUGCCUGUAACCGCGAGUGUUAAAGGUUUCGACGAGGACAGCGUGGCGUCUCUGAGCACCACCCAGGACGAAAUGCUAGACUCUCACAUGUCUGAGAAUGGAGUCGCAAACAGCUCCUCCCAUCCUUUCCAGGGAGGAGGCUACAUGUUGGCUGCAUCGUACUGGCCCAAGGACCGUGUGAUAAUCAACCGCCUGGACAGCAUCUGCCAGGCUGUGCUUAAGGGCAAGUGGCCUGGCCACCGCCGGGUCUAUGAGCCCGGCAGCACGGUCGCCUCCUUCUACACCACCAAGCUGCUGGACAACGCCAACAGCCUGUGCGAGGACCCCUCUGCCUCUCCACAAGGGUCAAAGGUGACCAAGCAUGUUGCAGAAAACAAGGAGUUCUCAGUAAAACUCAAUGAUCAGGAGGGCGGACUAAAGCUGACCUUUCAGAAACAGGGCCUACCGGUAAAGAGGCCCCUAGAGGCCGAAGAGGGCCCACAGGCCCAGCAGCAGUAUCUGGCCCGGCUCCAUGAGCUGCAAAGCGCUUCAGACACAGGCCUGGCUGACAUAACCAAGCCCCAAAGCAGCUUCCAGACUGACGUUCACAGCAGCCAUGCUGUCUCUCCUUCAGUUAUUCCGGGUGUUAGUGGUCAGAUGAGGCUGAAUGGAGCAGUGGACGGUCAGCCCAUGGUUAAGAAGAGAAGGGGAAGAAGGAAGAAUGUUGAAGGAAUGGAGCUGCUCUUCAUGAACAAGAAUAAAUCACCUAUUAAUUCAGAUCCGGUGGCUCCAGGAUGGGGUGGAAUUGGUCAGGUGGGAAUCACAGGAGCUGCUGUACCAAUGAACUCCAGUCAGAUCCCUGCAGACACAGACACCAGGGUCCCUGUUAUCAACCUUAAAGAUGGCACCCGACUAGCAGGGGACGACGCUCCUAUGAGGAAAGAUCUAGACCAGUGGCUUAGGGAGCACCCUGGCUUUGUGGCGGAUACAGGAGCUUUUAUCCCAGGGGUGAAUAAGAUGCAGAUGCAGUUCCACUUCCAGGAUGGACGACCGAAGCAGAAGAGGCACCGCUGCAGGAAUCCCAACAAGAUCGACGUGAACAGUCUAACAGGGGAGGAAAGGGUGCAGAUCAUAAACAGGAAAAAUGCUCGAAAGAUCGGUGGAGCUUUUGCUCCUCCUCUGAAGGAUCUGUGCCGGUUCCUUCAGGAAAAUCCAGAGUAUGGGGUCCCACCAGAAUGGGCUGACGUGGUUAAACAGUCGGGUUAUCUCCCUGAGAGCAUGUUUGACCGGAUCCUGACGGGACCCAUCGUUCCUGAGGAGGUCAGCCGACGAGGACGCCGACCCAAAAACCCUCUGGCCAAGGCUGCGGCAGCCGCAGCGACGCCCAGCUCAGCAGCCUCCACCCUGGGUUUGAACCCUUUGCUGGCCAACGGCAUCCUCUCUGGAAUGGACCUCGGCAGUCUGCAGGCCUUCCAGCAAAACCUCCAAAGUUUACAGUCCCUGCAGCUGACCGCAGGCCUCAUGGGGCUGCCGCCCGAUGCAAGCAACCUGGCUGCUAGUAACCUUGCUGCCAUGUUUCCCAUGAUGCUUUCUGGCAUGGCAGGAUUGCCAAACCUGCUCAACAUGGGCGGCCUGCUUGGAAAACCGACUCAGGAAGUUGCAGGAGGUUCUGAAGAGAGGGCGAAGGGAACCGACACGAGUGGAGCUACGGAUCAGUCGAAUGCCCCGCCUCAUAGUUCAGAAACCAAAGGAGAAAGGACAGAGAGCUCCAACGUGACUCCUUCCUCCACUUCCAGCUCUGCUUCCUCUGCCACCGUCACACAAAGUGCUUCAGCUGCCUCUGCAGCUACCAGUCACCCACUUUCUCUUAACCCCUUAUUACUCUCCAGUAUGCUUUACCCAGGGAUGCUUCUCACUCCAGGCCUUAACCUUCCUGUGUCUGCCGCACAGCCACAGAGCUCAAACAGCGACCCUUCAACCCUUCCACCCGCUGCUCCUUCCGCUCCUUCAGCCUCCCAGUCGUUACCGACGGAGGCGGGGCAGCCAUCAGGAAAGGGUGAAGAGGAGGGGCCAGAGGAGGCUUUGGAUGAAGAGGAGGAGGACGAGGAAUCUGCAGAACCGAGAGAAAACAGUGGUCCCGAAUGUUCAGCGAAAGCGGAGUCAUCUUCAUCAGAGUCUGGGAGCUCCUCCUCAUCCUCCGAUGAUUCAGACUCCAGUGACGAGGACUGAACCGAUGAACACAAAAUAAAAAAAUUUAUUUAUGUAUUGCCUAGAAAUGUAGACAUUUAUUCACAUAUAUAUGGAUUUUCCAGCACUUAUGUUGCGAUUUCUUUACGUGUAAAUAUAAGAACUAACUACGUUGUGUAAAAAAACAAAACAAACAAAAAAAAAAAGACUGUAAAAAAACCCUAAAAAAAACUGAAUUAAAGGAGCUGAAAUAAAAUGUUCAUGUCUGUUCACAAGGUACAGUCUUGUUUUGAGACAGUUUGCAUGUCAGACUUUGGUACUUUCUGAACUUUGUGAACUUGUAACGCUGAUAAUGUACAAUUGCAACAGAAAAAAAGGCAUUAUUGUAAUUAUGCUAAUUAUGUCAGGAUUAAUUUUAUUAAAAAAAGAUAAAACUACAUCAACUCGCUCGUUGAGCAGUACUAUUAAUAUAUUUUGAUUGUUGUGGCGGUUGACACUUUACAAACACUUGGGUUCACUUGUUAAAUAGCCAGUACAUUUGCAGGUUUGUUGACACUUUGGCUUUGCAGAUAAACGUUGGAUAAUGUCAGCAAUAACCUGGGCAGCUAAUGAAUGUCACUGAAGCUGUAGAUUCUCUCAUCUGCCAUGUUUCCACCCCCAGUUUAUAAUUCAUACAUACUGCCCCCCCCCCACCCGCAUUCAACCCUUUUUAUUUAUCUUAGGAACCGGAUUAAACAUUGAUUGGGGAAAUUAGUUAGUUUUCUGUUUAGGAUUAAUCCAAAUUUUAGAGAUGCAUCCCUUUCAAGGUGCACUUUAUAUCCUUAAAUAAGGCAAAUGUUUUUUUUGUGUGUGUGCAGUUCUUAGAUGACGUUAUCUAUUGACAGGAAUUAGGUUUCUGCGGUGUGC